UGAAUACAUCCCUUAUUGUUUUACCAAAUUACCCUCGUCAUCCACAUCGUCCCCUUGCACACGAGCUCUUGCGUCCCCAAUUGCCUACCUGCGACCGUGCCACACCCAGCAAACUACUAGAAUCUCGUCUAAUUGAGAUUCAAUGCAAUGUUUGCUUUGCAUGAGAUGUCAAGACAAAUGAGGACUGUGUGUAAGAACGGAGCAGUGUCAGGAUUUGGUGGGUUUUUAAGGGCAGCUGGUAAUGAUGUUGAGGGCCUUGAGGCUUCAUAUUCGUCAAUUCGUCGUUUAAGCUCCAAUUGGAAUCAAAGUUCCACAAAGGAGCCAAUCAGUAAUCUGUUGAAAAACAUUCCAGAAUUUGUGAAGAUAGUGGAAGUUGGUCCAAGGGAUGGACUUCAGAAUGAGAAGCACAUUGUUCCUACUGCCGUGAAGGUUAAAUUGAUUGAAAUGCUGGUUGCUUCAGGAUUGGAUGUUGUUGAGGCUACAAGUUUUGUCUCACCCAAAUGGGUUCCGCAGCUGGCAGAUGCCAAAGAUGUAAUGAAGGCGAUUCGGAAUGUUGAAGGUGUUAGAUUUCCCGUCUUAACUCCUAAUCUUAAAGGAUUUGAGGCGGCUGUUGCUGCUGGUGCAAAGGAAGUUGCCAUCUUUGCCUCAGCUUCUGAGUCUUUUUCAAAAUCAAAUAUAAAUUGCAGUAUUGAAGAUAGUCUCAUUCGUUACCAUGAUGUUGCUACUGCUGCUACAAAGCUUUCAAUUCCUGUUCGUGGGUACAUAUCAUGUGUUGUGGGGUGUCCAGUGGAAGGAACAGUACUUCCAUCACAAGUAGCAUAUGUGGCCAAAAAACUUUAUAAUAUGGGUUGCUCUGACAUUUCUCUCGGUGAUACGAUUGGUGUUGGUACUCCAGGAACUAUCAUUCCAAUGCUUGAGGCUGUUACUGAUGUGGUCCCCACUGACAAACUUGCUGUCCAUUAUCAUGACACUUAUGGGCAAGCUCUUUCAAACAUACUUGCAUCACUCCAGAUGGGGAUCAGCACAGUGGAUUCAUCUGUCUCAGGUCUUGGGGGUUGUCCAUAUGCCAAAGGUGCUUCUGGAAAUGUUGCCACGGAGGAUGUCGUGUACAUGCUAAAUGGACUUGGAGUGAAGACAAACGUAGAUCUUAAAAAGCUCAUGUUGGCUGGGGACUUUAUCUGCAAGCACUUGGGGCGCUCAUCUGGUUCAAAGACAGCAGUUGCCAUGAGUAAAGUUACAGCUCAUGCUUCUAAGCUAUGAGGUACUCACCUCUCCAUUCUGUAACAUUAUGUAGGACCAGAGCUCCAAUUCAUAGGAUAUAACAAGCUGAUUGAGCAUAAGUGUUGGGGGGCAAUAGAGUGUAUAUCUGAAAUCAAGAGCCAACGGGGGCGGUUACUUUGAGACAUUUUGGUGAUGUGAAAUGUAAAAAUCAAAGUACAUUGGUGAAAUAAUAAGGUGAAUAAAUUUGGAAAAUCGAAGAGGACUAGAUGAAGACCAAAGACUGACAUGGGUAAAAGUGAUUGAGAAGGAUGUUGUAUGCUGGUGAUUUAUGGAAUAUAAUUUUUUGAAAAGGAUUGACAAGAAAGUCCUAGUCAUUCCAUUCGAGAUUCUUCUUGUUCUGAACUCCA